UUUACUUACCGUAAAAAUUAUUGUUUAUUCGAGAGCAUAGAAGUGAUGUUGUGCAAUCGUAUAAAACUAUCUACAUAUUUAAAACUUUCUUAGUACCGUUUAAGAUAUCUGAAAAUAAAAACACGAUGAACCAAGUUCAGCGAAAAUCUUUGUUGAAGCGCGGCUACACUAUAACCGAACGUAUAGGCGAUGGAGAAUUCGGGGCAAUUUUGAUGGUCAGAUCUAUACGGCAUGAUAGACGGAUGAUAAUCAAGGCUGUACAUGGUCAUGGACUACUUUCAGGACGACACUUUGAUGGACUACUACAACGCGGUGGAUCACAUGCCCGAGCCGCUGGCGUACGGUUGGUUCGCGCAACUGUACUCGGCACUCGAGUUCGUGCACUCGAAGGGUUCCACGCACCGAGACGUCAAGCUGGACAACGAGCCGCUGGACCGGCAGCGGUGCAUCCGGUUGGCUGACGUGUGCGUGGCCACGGAACGGCCGUCGUGCGCUCCCGCCGGAGCGACGCCCGCGAUUAAAACGAAUCGAUGCCGUGCGGCAGCGCGCUGUACACGUCGCCGGAACUACUGGACCCGUACAUAAUGAUUUACACACUAAAUAAAUUUCUUUAGUCUUA